GAACUGGUCUCAGGUCAGUGGUGUUACCUGUAUUCACAUGCAUAUGAGCCUGGUGAAAGGUGAAUAACUGAUCUCAGAUCAAUAAUGUUACAAAUGUUUGUUUGCACAUAUUGGUGUUUUAAGCUUUCUGAGAGUUACAGAACUGAUAUCUGGUCAGUACCACAGGACUAUCGGGUCUUAAGGAGGAGUGGAAGUGAGGAAUCAGGGAUGAUAAGAAUGAAGAGGAGGAGGAGGAGGAGGAGAGAGAGAGAGAGAGAGAGUUUUAGAUGUAUGAUCUACCCAAAUAGCUUGUCCUGGGAGGUGGGGUCUUUUCCUGUGUUAAUAGAGCCUAAACACAGGACAGUGCUCCAUUCUGCUUGAGGAUACACACUCUACACACACACACACACACACACUGCAAAGGACAUGGCACACAGUGUCAUACUGGAUGGACCGGCACCAUGGGGCUUCCGGCUGAUUGGAGGAAAGGAUUUCAACCAACCUCUCACUAUCGCCAAGAUAUCUGCAGGCAGCAAGGCCUCCAUGGUAGACCUCUCUCCUGGUGAUAUUAUCCUGGCUAUAGAUGGCAUCUCCACCAGCAACAUGAUGCACUGUGAAGCUCAGACUCGCAUGAAGCAGGCCACACGACAGCUCAGCUUAACCGUCCAGAGGCCAGAAACCAAACUGUGGACACCUCGAGUAAGAGAAGACGGCAGAGCGCAUCCGUUUAAAAUGAACCUGGAGGCAGAGAGACAGGAGUACAGACCAAUAGGCACGGGCCAUAACCGGCGAGCCGCGCCCUUUGUGGCGGCGGCCAACAUUGACGACAGGCGACAGGUGGUCAGCUCUGCCUACAACUCUCCCAUUGGUCUUUAUUCUUCAGGCAAUAUCCAGGAUGCCUUACAGGGUCAGCUCAGAGGCCUAAUACAGAGCAAGCCAGAGAGUCCCAGGACGCUCACGUCUAUAGAAGAAUCAGAUGUAUACCGCAUGCUACAGCAGGAAGAGGGAGAGACGGAGCCUCAUGAACCCCGCCAAUCAGGAUCCUUCAAAGCCUUACAGGAUUACAUCAACAGUGAGGGAACACUUCCAGUCGUGACGAAGUCGGUGCAAGCGCCCAUCACUAAGCCUCUCUCGCCUGGAGGAAACCUGCACAAACUGCCCAUGUGUGACAAGUGCGGUAACGGCAUAGUUGGGAUGGUAGUGAAAGUUCAAGAUAAGUUUCGGCACCCUGGCUGUUUCGUCUGCUCGGACUGUGAGGAGAACCUGAAGCAAAAAGGCUACUUUUUCAUAGAUGACGAGAUCUACUGCGAAACUCACGCACACGCUCGCGCAAAACCUCCCGAAAGCCCAGACCUGCGUCCUCCGGAUUGUUCCAACGAAAACUCGAGGAUCUGCAGCUGUCACUUUGUGGGCGGGAUGAAAUCCGCAGCUCCCAGUGUGUUUACAUGGAGUGAGAAGAAACUGUCCUGCUUCACAGCUUCACACACCGACCUGAAGGAGGAACCUGAGGAGAAGGACAUUGUGAGUGAAGCUCCAGGAAGCGCCGCAUCUCUCAGCCCUGCAGGAGGAGAAGAGAAGAUCACUCACUUCAAACAGGAAGAGGCCGAAACGGAGAUCAGCCCGUUUCAAACAAGUCCAUCUCCAGCAGGACAUCAGAGGAAAUCUGAUCAGAAUGUGUCUGAGAGUGUGUGCAAGUGUGUGUAAAAGAGAUAGAAAGUAUGUGAGAGUGUUUGAGAGUGUGUGAGGGUAUGACCCUACUGUAAGAAUGUGUGUGUGUGUGAGACAGAAUGUGACUCUGAGAUUGCUUGAUGGAGAGAAAGUCCUUGUGUGUGUGCUUGAGUGUCUCAAAAUUUGUGAGAAUGUUUGUGCGAGUGCGUGUGUGAGAGUGUGGCCGUGAGUGUUUGAGUUUGUGAGUGUAUAAGUGUGUGAGUGGUUCAGUGUGAGAUGUGAGCAUGUUGAAGAUUGAAGUGUUAUUAUUUCCGCUUUAUGAAUAUGCAGUAUUACUGUAGGGAAACUACAUAAUCAGUUUUCCUUUUUUUGUGUGUGAAUGCAUCAUUAAUUAGUUGUAAUAUAUUUAAAUCAUCCUGGUGAUGAAAUCAUUUUUAAUUAAAAAAUAAUACUCCUGA